AAAACUACUUCUCUUAUCUCGCGGGGCGUUUGGAGCCGCCGCCUCCAUGGCCCCAUGGCAGAGAAGGACUGGCUUCCCCCCGUCGGAGACUGGCUUGCACAUCAUGCCGGACCUGCUCUCAUUGAGCUCCCAACGUCAGUGCCAGAGCCGGAGCCCAGUGGACGGGGCGAGCUGUCAGGAGACCAAUCCUUGGCGGAGAGCAGUGCAGCUCGAGUGAAGCAGAUGCUUGAACGCCGGGAGCGAAGCUUGUCCAGGCCUAGCUCCAACCGUGGCCUGGCAGCGCCUACGGGCUCCACCCCGGCAGCUGUGCUCUCGCGCCCGGCGCGGCCGCUCUUGCCAAGGUCCUUUCCGCAGCAUGCAGUUUGGCCAGUCAAGGCCAAUCCCGCUGCCAGUGAUGCUGGCAAGGACUUGAUUGCAAGCUUGCAAGCGCGGCUGGCACACGUCGAAAAAUUGAACCAACAUCAGGCUGCCAAGAUUACCAAGCUCUCGCAAGAGUUGAACGCCGAGAAGGCGGAAAAGGUCCUUCUGCGGCGCGCGCUGGACCUGGCCGAGGCCGAGCACGGCGCCAUGGAGGAGGCGGAGGAAGAUGUCGAGCAAGAGGUGCAGCUUUUGCGGAGUGAGCGAGAUGAAUACAAGGAACAGGUCCAAGCAAUGACAAAGUUCUUGCGAGACUAUGGCCUCACCUGGGUCGGUGAGGAGGACCACGAGGACCACGGGGACUACCGGUCGCCCAACGGGGAGGCGACGGUGGCUGGGCAGCUGAGCCGCCCCAGCAGCGCGCUGGAGGCCCCCGAGGUGGUCGACGUGCAGGCCAUGACUGCUCGGGUCUUGGAGCUCAAUGGCCUGGUGGAAGGCGCGCGCGUGCAGCGGACGAAGAGCCACCCCGGUGCGCCGGUGCACGCACGCUUUGUGGCCGACGAGACUCUGCCGCUGACCUUCUUCAAGGAUGGUGUGAAGCUUGGUCAUUGUGCCUUCCAGUGCUACAAUUCCAGAGGAGCCCAACAGCUAAUUCAGGACAUCAUGGAUGGCUAUUUUCCUUACGAGCUCAAGAAAGACUACCCUGAUGGGGUGAUGCUGAAGGUCAUCGACCGCACAGCGGACACCUACGCACUCUGGAAGGAGCACGCCAGUCCCUUUGACCGCGAUCUCGCAUCUGAUGGAGACCGACUUGCCGUGGGCCAGGUGCUGAACAGUGGCCAGGGCUCGGAGAAGGUUGUGCGUGCCGGCAAAAUCUUCGAGGUGCAGGAGCGCCGGCCACCAGGUGUGGGCCGCGUGGGCAGCCGCCCGCCUGACAGGGAGGUGUCCUUGUUGAGCCACACCAGAAGCGAGAAGGAUCCGAUUGCCCGGCUGCAGGUGCGCAUGGAUCAAGACCAUCGAGCCGUGUUCUCCUUGGAACUUUGGCAAACAGUACUUCUUGUCAUUCUGAUCAUUUUCGGGGAGAAGGAUGCAGUGGAGCAGUGGUGCUUGGAUGAAGGAAUUCCAGGUCUCAAGGGCUCUCACUUGAGGACGGCGUUCCCUCCGCGCAGUUACAGCGAUCGUGCACAGAGUAUGUCGGACGCGGACCUGGCACCCAGUGCCACGCUCUUCGUGGAGAGUGCACGAGAAGGCUGAGCAGAGCGGAGUUAAAAAGGCUCCUUAUGCCUCCUUCAUGCAAAACGAAGUUGUUUAGUUCGGGGCACUGGGGCAUGUGCUUUUGCCGAAGGUGACAUGUGAUUUUGCAGGUCCCAAAGUUUAUGAGUACUUAGACAUUUGAAGCGAUAGAGGCUAAGUCAUCGGCCUCUGACCAGUCCAUCAAUGUCCAUCAUGGUCAAUUUAUUGAGCCCAUCGGUUUCACGCUGUUUCACCAAUAGCGCGUUCAGUGUGUUUUGGCGUUCUACUGCAGUUCCUUUGGAUUGUAUAGAAGCAACAUGUGGACCAUGCCAAUGAAUUGACAAUAACUGAAUAGUGGCUUUGUGGCUAAUUAAGCAGGCUCGAGGUGGUUUGCCCCAUGAUAGUCCCAUGUUGUUAUUUUUGUGUGUGUGUGUGAGAAGGUACCGCCUGUAUUUAUGUUGGAGAUCCAA